AUGGCGACUUCAAUUGCUCGCGUACGGGCGGUGGCGAAGCUUCCAGGGCAGCUUCGGACGUUCAGCUCUACACCCAGAGUUGCUUCUGCAACAGGGGGAGUGAAGCGAUUGGGUGUCAUCGGUGCUGGGCAGAUGGGACUCGGCAUCGCGCUUGUGGCUGCUCAGAGAGCUCAAGUUCCCGUAACACUUGUCGAUGCAAACAAGACGGCCUUGGAUAAGGGUCUUGCAUUUGCGGAAAAGCUUCUUGCAAAGGAUGUUUCCAAGUCCAGAAUCACACAGGAACAGGCCGACAAGGCCCGCUCGCUGUUGUCUCCAGCCACGUCUAUUGAUGAGCUGUCGGAUGUGGACUUUGUCAUUGAGGCCGUUCCUGAAAUCCCUAAGCUCAAGUUCGACAUCUUCUCCAAGCUGGCUGAGGUUUGCCCGAAGCAUGCCAUCUUGGCCACCAACACUUCAUCCAUCUCCAUCACCCGCAUCGCCGCCUCCACCACCCAAGACCCGACAGACACCUCCGCGAGCUCCCGCGUCGUCUCAACUCACUUCAUGAACCCCGUCCCGAUCCAGAAGGGCGUCGAGAUCAUCAGCGGUCUGCAGACCAGCCAGGAGACGCUGGACAAGGCCGUCGCGUUCUGCAAGGCCAUGGGCAAGGUUACCUCUGUAUCCGCCGACUCCCCCGGAUUCCUCGCGAACCGUAUCCUCAUGCCGUACAUCAACGAAGCCAUCAUCUGCCUGGAGACCGGCGUCGGCGACAAGGAGUCAAUCGACGCCAUCAUGAAGAACGGCACCAAUGUUCCCAUGGGCCCUCUGCAGCUUGCCGACUUUAUCGGCCUGGACACCUGCCUCGCUAUUAUGAAGGUUCUUCACGAGGAGACUGGUGACUCAAAGUACCGGCCGAGUGUGUUGCUGCGCAAGAUGGUUGAUGCUGGUUGGAUGGGAAAGAAGAGCGGAAAGGGAUUUUACGACUACUAA